AAUGAAUAUUUCGCAAACCGGAGUUCAGACUAAUGGCGCCGUGAGUGCUGAUUCUGAGGACAGUGUGUGAGUAGAGGUCACGAAUACACUAGUGAAUACACCAGAAGAUCCUCUAAACCUUAACACAGCGAAUGUGAAGGAAUCUCUUGAAAACCUAUGUCAAAUCUCCCUGCACUGACAGUUAGGUUAACGUUUCUUUUCCAUGUGGUUUUCCCGGCUUGUGAAAAGCAAACAUGCUUCUGCGGAAGAAUCGAAACAUUAAAUACAUACUAAGUCUAGUACCCGGCAAGCGUCGCUUCGGUACGUACCGGUUUCUGCCGUUCUUCUUCUGCCUCGGAGGAGUGAUGGAGUGGAUCAUGAUUAACGUGAGAAUCGGAAAAGAGACAUUUUAUGAUGUAUACCGGAGAAAGCGAUCUGAGAGGGAGUACCAACAGAAGGUCGAUGAUGGACUGAUUGUUCCCGGGGAGACGGGAGCCAAGUGGCCGUAAACGUGGAAUAACGUGUGUAGUGGACUGUUACUGUGAAUAAUUAUUCCUUACUCUUUGUUCCUUGUGGUCAUUGAGCAGAAUUCCUGCUCCUGUUCAGAUGACCAUUAUAACACAGCAUGACAGUGACGGACCCUGAAAUGUCUGUGUCUUCCUUACAUCUGAAAUAUUUUAUGACCACACACACACACACAUAUAUAUGAGGCGUGUCACAUGCAAUGUUCUGGUGAAAUGUAAGAGCAUAAAAGAGGAAGAUUUCAAGUGUAAUGAUUGAAACCUUUACUGUGAAAAUAGAUAUUUUCCUGGUG